AUGUUCUACUUCCAGCUGGUGAUUAUGGCGGGCACUGUGGUGCUGGCGUACCACUUCGAAUACACAAACACUUUCCCGGUCCACCUCCAAGGCUUCUUCUGCUACGACAGUGCCUACGCAAAGCCCUACCCUGGCCCCGAAGACACAAGCCGGGCACCUCCCGUCCUCGUCUACUCUCUCGUCACUGCUGUGCCCACCGUAACGGUAAGAGCCCAGCAGGGCACGUGGUGGGUGGGUGGGUGUGGAGGGGGUGACAACCCCCCUGCUGCUGUUGUGAGAUUUAGGGUCCACAUGUUCCCUCGGGGUAAGAUCACCAGGGAGCGUGGUUUCAGAUAUCAAAGUCUAGGGACUAAAGGAAGCAGAGGUGCAGCUAGCUCUUUCUUUGCAAAGAACUUUGAAGCUCCUCUGGAAAAAUGGUGUGGAGUUGUUCAGUCAUUUUCUUUUGUACUAGAAUUCAAGAACCAUUCCGGCAUGUAGAUCAAACAUGCCGGACACACACAUGCAGAUAUAUAUGCUUGAGAUGCAGGUAUGCUGCGACUAGCCACCAAGGUUGGGCCGAUUCAUCCAUUUCGGGCGCCUGAAAUUGACAUGCGCUCAUUCAUAAGUCAGUACUGUCCCAUUUCUGCAUUAAUCUGCAAUUAUGGAAAAAGUCAUUACAAAAAUGCAUAUGUAAAUGUGAACUUAAAUUGUAUUUUGGAAUGCAUUUUCUGAGAAAACACACACACACACAACCCUAAAUUAUGCAUUUUGGUACAUUUUAUUAGCUGAACACUACAUCACAAACUUUGGAGGCACACAUUUCAAGCUCUGCGUUCGCCUAGGAGGUUCUUGUCAGGCCACUUUGUAUAGGAAUUUCUAAUGUAUGAAUUCUUCAAGAACUGCCGCUACACGCAAAAAAUAGUCUGAGCAAGACACUCACAUAUAGGGAUAGAGGAGAAAUUAAAUUUGAAUUUCAUUUAAAGCUGAAUCCAUGAAAUCCACAUUUUCUAGAACAAUAUGCAAACCAAAACACAGCUAUCCUUUGAAAUUCACAUGUCUCUGAAUUUUGCAAUACAGUUCUCCAGCCAACCAAUGUUUACAAAAAGGCAUGUUUUAGGGGGAAGGGUGCAUAGAAAUGAAGAUAUUACUGAAAAUAACAUACAAUAGCAUUGUAUGUUUGACACGAACGUGUGUCAAAACUACGUAUAAAAUAUGUUAAUUAGGAGAAAUUCGCAGAACUAUGGAAAAAUAGGAAACCAAGAGAACCAGAACUGAAAUGUCCUUCCAUCCUUACUCUUGUGUAUGUUGAGAAUUUGCAAUGCUUCACCUCAAAUUUAUUAAUCUAAUCUAUUGUUACAUUUUAAUCCCACCCUUCCUGUAAGGAGCUCAGGGCAGCAUGCGUCUUCCCAUGUAUCCUCACAAAAUCUUGGUGAAGUGGGUGAGAGUGGGAGACAGGGAUUGGUCUAAGAGCACUGAGCAGGUAUUUGAACCCAGUUCUCCCUACACCCACAGUCAAACCCUUUUGCCAGUCCAUCAAACUGGAUCUCAUCUUAUUGAAUUAAUAUGCAGGGGAAAUUGCAGACCAAUAUGCAUACAGUAGGACUGAGCCAAGCUUACUGGGACUGUCUUCAUUGCACACAUUUAGAGUUAAUAUUACCCUACCGUUCUGUUAAACAUGCAAGCUGAAUGUCUGACUCUAUUCCCGCUGCUGCUAUCCCAGUGCCCUCCUUUAAUUCAGACGCCAUCUCUUGUCAGUGUCUGGACAAUGAUUCCCUUGGAGGAAGGACAGUGACCCACAUUGCAAGAAGGUCACUGGUUAAUGAUAUCCUGACCAACCCAAUCUUAAACUAGCUUUUUCAAAACAAUCAUCUUGCCAUCAUUUUAUCUAUUUUCAGACUUGUGUCUGUGGGAUACCCAAAGUACAGACGCAACAUUUAAAACAACAACACACUUUUUUGGGUAACAACCUCCCAAUCACCUAUUAAUUAAAAAAAAUAAUGCCCUAACUUAAAAAGCUUGUCUAAAAAAGGAUACGUUUUUGUGGGAAUGUUUAGGGAUGCAGGAGAGGAUAUAUUGUUUGAUUAUAUCCUUUCCAACUUGUGUUAACAAUUUAGCAGAGUAACAUUCCCCUUUUUAAACUUACACAGCGGAAGCGUUUGCUCAGGCUUGCUAAAGCCUCUAAAAUACGCUUUCCUUUUGGUAAUUCCCCAUUUAGUUCCUCAUAAAAGAUAGACAUGGCACAGUCUUCUAUAAAAGUAUAAAAAGAGUUUACUCACACAUUCUGUUCACAAUUGGAUCCCAGAAGGCAGACUUAAGUUAGAAAAGUAAUAUACACCUAGAAACUGUCCCAUAAGGAGACAGCUCCUUUGUUCUCUCUCGGCUGCAAGCCAAGAGAGCAUCUUAGGCUAAGCAGAUGUUGCUUCGUCAACGAAUGUGAUCAGAGAGAGAGAGAUAGCUGACCAGUCCUGCUCUUUUGUUACCUGGGCAGGUGAGGUCACGCCCACCUCUAGUCACAUGCAGAGGAAGUCUGUCCCAGACACGAGAAACAGGAAGUUCCAACUGGCUGGUCCAAACAUCCCCUUUUAUGUCCACUCUUAGGGAUGUUGUGUUUGACUGCUCUUGUGUUUCACAUCCCACAGUUUUCAGCUGUGACAUAAAACUAUACAGUGUUGAUGACAGGCUAAGCUCCAGAAGGAGCUUGUUCUGCAACCAGGGUGCUGUUGCUGACAAAUCCCUCUGAUCAAUUAGCCCCCAGAUGUCACUUAAUGCUGGAGCGACUAAUAGGGCUUCUCCAAUUGAUCUCAAGUCAUGGUCUGGUCUGGGACAAGGCAUUCCUACAGGUAGCAGAGUCUCAAACAAAAACCUUGAAUUGGGCUUGGUGACAAAUGGAGAUCCUUCAAGCCUUGCACCCAGGCAGAUCUCUGGGGGAUGCUAUCUGGUCAGGAUGCUAUAGAGCAGCCUUUCUCAACCUGUGGGUCCCCAGAUGUUGUUGGACUACAACUCCCAUCACCCCUAGCUAGCAAGGCCAGAGCUCAGGGAUGAUGGGAGUUGUAGUCCAACAACAUCUGGGGACCCACAAGUUGAGAACCACUGCUAUAGAUGCAGGUGUCCUUGCAGGAAAUGCAGACUCAUUUGGGUGUUGGGUGUUUGUUGAAGGGUGACAGAAAGAACAGGGUAAGGACAUAAGAAGAGCUUCAAGGAUCAGAUCCAGCGCCUAUCUAGUCCAGCAUCCUGUUUUCACAGUAGACAGCCAGAUGCCUACAGGAUUCCCACAGUAAAAAGAAAAGGUAAAGGACCCCAUGACGAUUAAGCCAGUCAAAGGCGACUAUGGGGUUGCAGUGCUCAUCUCGCUUUCAGGCCAAGGGAGCCAGUGUUUGUCCACAGAAAGCUUUCCGGGUCAUGUGGCCAGCAUGACUAAACCGCUUCUGGUGCAUGGAGGACUGUGACAAGUGCCAGAGCUCACAGAAACGCUGUUUACCUUCCCGCUGCAGUGGUACCUAUUUAUCUACUUGCACUGGCGUGCUUUUGAACUGCUAGGUUGGCAGGAGCAGGGACCGAGCAACAGGAGCUCACCCUGUCGUGGGGAUUCAAACAGCGCCACCCACGUCACUAGGACGCCCACAAGCAAAAUAUCACUGCAACGGCACUCUCCUCACCUGCAAUUCCUACCAACUGGUAUUCAGAGGCCUACUGCCUCUGAUGGUGCACAAAGGUUCAACUCAGGAAAUGUUUCUGCACACCAUCGUAUUUUUAUCCGAAGUCUACCAAAUGUUGUUGUCAUCUUUAGUCAGGGCAAGCCCAAGACAUUUGGGCACCGAAGGUAAACCCCAAAAUGAAGCCUAACGCUGCCAGGGAAUAAGAGGGGAGUGAAAAUCUACAUCAGAACAAGGAGGGAAUAAAGAUCUACCCUGAGAUCUGCUGCCCAUGUGGAUCCUGCUGCCUCAGGUGGUUGUCUCACCUUGCCUCAUGGGUGGGCUGGCCCUGUCAUGAUGCAUUCUUGCCAUGUGGGUUCAAAAGCAUUUGUGGACUGGAAGCCCUUUAGAAUGCAGUAAGUUAUUGUUCUGCUCUAGAAAGCCUGGACUGGAUUCUCAUUGUUGCUUCCUGCUAAGGCUUGUCCUGCUAGACUUGCUGUUGUUGUUUAGUCGUUUAGCCGUGUCCGACUCUUGGUGACCCCAUGGACCUGAGCACGCCAGGCCCUCCUGUCUUCCACUGCCUCCCGCAGUUUGGUCAAACUCAUGUUAGUAACUUCGAGAACACUGUCCAACCACCUUGUCCUCUGUCGUCCCCUUCUUCUUGUGUCCUCAAUCUUUCCCAACAUCAGGGUCUUUUCCAGGGAGUCUUCUCUUCUCAUGAUGUGGCCAAAGUAUUGGAGCCUCAGCUUCACGGUCUGUCCUUCCAGUGAGCACUCAGGGCUGAUUUCCUUAAGAAUGGAUAGGAUAAGAAUGGAUAACCCUGCUAGACUAGGAUUGCCAUAUUUCAAACUGUGAAAAUCCAGACAGAAAAGUUGUCAAGCUUUUUUUGGCAACAUCGCUUUUAAAAAUGCAAUUUUUGAGCUAUUUUUAUGGGAAAACGGCACUGUCGACAUGGGCUGCCAUACGUCCGGAUUUUCCCAGACAUUUUUCCUGAUUUCCACCUGAACACUGCUACCGACUACAGUAUUCCAUAUACUGAAAAAUCCAGACGUAUGGCAAACCCUAUCUAGACUUCCAUCCCAGCACUGUCAGAUUCCUGUCAGGUCUUUUCCUAAGUAGAAAUGAAAAAUCCAGAAAAGGAAAAUGUGCUACUUCCUCAAGGUAAUGCGUUCCAUCGACAUACUGCUGUUAUCAUUAGGGGAUGCUUCCAGAUGAUCAAAUCCUUUCCCCCCCUUCGGUCAGUUGCCUGGGGAAAAUAGACUCCUUCAAUGAUUUCUGUUGGCCUUCAUCCUGCCUGGGAGAAUGUGAAAUAGUACCCAAAAACCUUGUGGAAAUGUCCAAAAAUCCAUAAUGGAGCUUCUGACACUCCAAGUGAUUCACAGCCUUUGGCCAUUCCUUUGCAAGCCUUCUGUUGCUCUGCAAUCAUUUGUUUUUAUUGAAUAAUAAAUAAUAAUAAUAAUAAUAAUAAUAAUAAAUUUUAUUUAUAUCCCGCCCUCCCCAGCCAAAGCUGGGCUCAGGGCGGCUAAUAACAAUCAAAAUAAUCCAGCAUUCUAAAAACAUUCAUUAUAAAAUUAAUUAAAAUCAAAUUGAUGGCAACCAUUAAGCAAAAUUCUGGGCAGAUUGCCAGAGGAGGGGGUCAGGCUGCGCCCUGACCAAAGGCCUGGUGGAACAGCUCUGUCCUGCAGGCCCUGCGGAAAAAUGUCAGGUCCCGCAGGGCCCUAGUCUCUUGUGACAGAGCGUUCCACCAGAUUGGAGCCGCGGCCGAGAAAGCCCUGGCUCUAGUUGAGGCCAGCCUAACCUCUCUGUGGCCUGGGAUCUUCAGGAUGUUUUUAUUUGCAGACCGUAAAUUUCUCUGUGGGACAUACCAGGAGAGGCGGUCCCGUAAGUACGAGGGUCCUAGGCCGUAUAGGGCUUUAAAGGUUAAAACCAGCACCUUAAACCUGAUCCUGUACUCCACCGGGAGCCAGUGCAGCUGGUAUAGCUCCGGGUGAAUGUGAUCCCGCAGCGAAGACCCCAUAAGGAGUCUCGCUGCGGCAUUCUGCACCCGCUGGAGUUUCUGGGUCAGUCUCAGGGGCAGCCCCACGUAGAGCGAGUUACAAUAAUCCAAUCUGGAGGUGACAGUCGAGUGGAUCACAGUGGCUAGGUCAGGGCGAGAGAGAUAAGGAGCCAACUGCUUAGCUUGGCGGAGAUGAAAAAAUGCCACCUUUGUUAUAGCUGUAAUCUGUGCCUCCAUAGAGAGGGAGGUAUAGAAGAUUACACCCAAACUCUUAACGGACGAUGCUGACACUAAUUGCACCCCCACAAGAGAUGGGAGUUGCCCCCUCAAUCCCAUAUCGCCCCGUCCCAGCCAGAGGACCUCUGUCUUCGAAGGAUUUAACUUCAACCGGCUCCCACGUAACCAUCCAGCCACAACUUCCAGACAUCUGGUCAGUGUGUAUGGGGCCGAGUCAGGAUGGCCAUCCAUCAACAGAUAGAGUUGGGUGUCAUCGGCAUACUGAUGGCAACCCAGCCCAAAACUCCAGACAAGCUGGGCGAGGGGGCGCAUAAAGAUGUUAAAAAGCAUCGGGGAGAGAAUCGCCUGAGGCACUCCACACACCAAGGAGUGGCGCGGUGACAAUUCCCCCCCAAGCGCCACCCUCUGUCCCCGACCAGAGAGAAACGAGCGCAGCCAUUGAAGGACUGUGCCCUGGAUCCCCACGUCGGCAAGGCGGUGGUCCAGGAGUUCGUGAUCGACCAUGUUGAAGGCUGCUGACAGGUCUAGAAGAAUCAGCAGCCCCGACCCGCCUCGAUCCAGCUGCCUGCGGAGAUCAUCUGUUAGGGCGGCCAGAGCCGUCUUGGUCCCAUGACCAGUGCGGAAGCCGGACUGGAAUGGAUCGAGAGCCGAUGUUUCAUCCAGAAACCUACCAAGCUGUUCAGCAACCGCUCUCUCAAUCACCUUACCCAGGAAUGGAAGAUUCGAAACCGGGCGGUAAUUGGAUAGAUCUAAGGGAUCUAAUGAUGUUUUCUUUAAGAGCGGACGCACCACUGCCUCCUUCAGUUCCCCUGGGAAUAUCCCGGUGCCAAGGGACAAAUUGAUGAUAUCACCCAGGGGGGCCCGCACCUCGUCUGGACACGCUCUAAUCAGCCAAGACGGGCACGGGUCAAGAGGACAGGUGGUGGGCUUUCCAGCUCGGAGGAGUCUGUCCACAUCGGCUGGGGAUAUCCGGUCAAAGUGGUCCAAUACUGGACCCGAGGACAGUCGAGGGCCUCCAGUUCCUUUAUUGUAUCCAAAUUGGCAGGGAGGUCAUGGCGGAGCAACAGGACCUUCUCCGCAAAAAAGCUCGCAAAUGCCUCAUAGCUGUGUGUCAAAUUGUUAUUUAAAUUUGGCUGUCCUUCAAGGGACGUUAAAGACCUAAUUAUACUAAAUAAUUGCGCCGGGCGAGAGCUAGCGGAGGCAAUGGAGGCCGAGAAGUAGGACUUCUUAGCGGCCUUCACUGCCAUCUCGUAGGUUUUCAUAAAAACCCUAUAAGAUGUUCUUGAGGCUCCGUCACGGGCACCCCGCCAUACUCGCUCUAGCUGUCUGAGGUCCCGCUUCAUUUUCCGGAGCUCCUUGGUAAACCAGGGAGCCCGGUUUCUGCGGGGUCGCAGAGGGCGCCUAGGUGCGAUCUCAUCGAUGGCUGCUAGGAGCUGGAUAUUCCAGCCCUCAACAAGCUCAGUCAAUGAGUCGCCAGGGGGAGCAAGGUCCCGCAAGGCCUGACAGAAUCUAUCAGGGUCCAUCAGCCUCUGCGGGCGAGCCCAAAUUGGCUCGCCACCUAAGCAGGGUGGGGGUGGAAAAUUAAUCCUGGCUUUCAGAGCGUAGUGAUCAGACCAUGGCACCUUCAUCGAAGGAGACAUGAUCACAUCUAUACCGACGCCAAAGAUCAAAUCCCAGCGUGUGGCCUGCUUGAUGAAGGAUUUUCAUCAUUAACAAGGAUACAUUCAACAUCUCUGUUUUCAAUUCAUAGGGUCCUUUCUACAGGUCUGUUACAUUCGGCAUGAAACUCUGCUGUCAUAGACCUUGUGAGAUGUGGGGGGAGAGAAACUGGGAGGGGGGGUGGGAGGAAAGAAGAGGGGAUAAUGAUCUUUCAUGCUUUUGCUUACUGUAUGUGCAGAGCUUUUAUGUCAGCGUCACGAGAUUUUGCCAGCAAAAGCAGACAAAUAAAGAACCUCCAAUCCUAUUUUUAAAUAUCGAUCUAAUUUGUUUACUUAUUUUCUUCGCCCUUCCCUCCCAUUUUUGAGCUGUGUUUCAUCAUCGUGUAGUUCCGAGUAUAUACAGUGGAGACAAUGAUAAUAAAUAAUAAUUAUCACAAUUAGAAAAGCCUUAGACUUUAAACCAUAGCGUCACCUCAGUCCAACUGAUGGGGAAAAACCACAUAACCAUGGUGAAAACCCUAGGUAAAGGUAAAGGGACCCCUGACUAUUAGGUCCAGUCGUGGCCGACUCUGGGGUUGUGGCGCUCAUCUCGCUUUAUAGGCCAAGGGAGCCGGCGUACAGCUUCCGGGUCAUGUGGCCAGCAUGACUAAGCUGCUUCUGGCGAACCAGAGCAGCGCACAGAAACGCCGUUCACCUUCCCGCUGGAGUGGUACCUAUUUAUCUACUUGUACUUUGACGUGCUUUCGGACUGCUAGGUUGGCAGGAGCUGGGACUGAGCAAUGGGAGCUCACCACGUUGUGGGGAUUAGAACCGCCGACCUUCUGAUCAGCAAGUCCUAGGCUCUGUGGUUUAACCCACAGCGCCACCUGCGUCCCAAUGGUGAAGACCCUACUCAAUCCCAAAAGCUUGGAUUGCACCUGCAAACUAUGCCUAAAUCUCAGUAACGAGGGAGCCAGACCUGCUUCUAGAGGGCGGGAGUAUAUAUAUUUUCUAUUUUUUUCUUGAAAUAAUUUUACCCUCUCCCUCCCAUGGAUGCUGUUUCUCCCCCGCUUUCAUCCCAGGAAGAGGGAAAGAAUAGGGAAGGCAGCAGCUGUGAUUUGACUCCCCUCCAGCCAUUUCUACGCCUGCAUCUGUGGCUUCUCUGCUGCUGCAGUCUGUCUGCUUCUCUUUAUGGCAGCUUCUGCUCCCUUGGGGUUGGGGAGAUGGGGCAUGUCUCUCCUCACAGGCCCAGCUCCCUCUGAUGGUCCAAUCCAUAGGGCAUCUCAGUGCUGCUGCCCACCCCACAACCACGGUACCAUCUAGUGGGGAAGUGAUAUAGAUAGAGAAAGCGCGCCUCGGUUUAAGAAUGGUUUUGGUUUAAGAACAGACUUCCGGAACGGAUUAAGUUCGUAAGCCCAGGUACCACUGUAGCUCCCUACUAACUGACUGGGGAAGUGAAAUAUUAAGUGAGAUUGUUGGGCUAAAACCCUGCAGAUGGGUGAAUGGGCCAUAGGCUGUUGCAAAGAACUCUUUGCCAAGCAGACUGUUCAGAGAUGUCUGAAAGAAAGAUUAAAUAUUCCUGCUCAUCCCCCAAAAUAGUCCUCUUGGCUGGUACAUCGUGUGACUGUAUACCCUGGGUUUCCCACAACAUUUAAACCACACCUUUGGCAUACCAACAUGUGAAAUGUGGAGAAAAGAUGAGCAGGUCCCCCACCCCCAAAGUAGUCUGUGGUCCAUGAAAGUCUAUGCUGAAAUUUGGGAAUUUUUGUAUUUUUAUGUUGUGAACUGCCCUGAGUUAUUCAGAUAAAGGGUGGUAUACAAAUUUAAUAUAUGGAACUAAAAAUAAAUAAAUGCCUGUCCAUAAUUAAUCUAUAUACAGUCAUACCCCGGGUUACAGAUGCUUCAGGUUGCGUUUUUUCGAGUUACGGACCUCCAAAACCCGGAAGUACCGGAACGGGUUACUUCUGGGUUUUGGCGUUCGAGCAUGCGCAGAAGCGCUAAAUCACGCUUUGCACAUGCACAGAAGUGCCGAAUCACAAACCCACGAGUGCGCAGGUGCACACGGAUCACGUUCGCAACCUGAGCGUCCACUGUACACACAAUAUUGCCAGAAAUGUAAAAAGCUUAAACAAACGGAACUAAGAGAAGCUAAAGGACACCUCCGGUUUUUCCAAAAGAACUAUUCUUUAGUUGGGUGGGUGUGUAAUUUUUUUGAGGUUAUAUAUAUGUGUAGUGACUACAUUUCAUAUACAGUGGUACCUCAGAAGUCAAACAGAAUUUAUUUCGGAAGUCUGUUUGACUUCCAAAACGUUCAGGAACCAAGGCGCGGCUUCCGAUUGGCUGCAGGAGCUUCCUGCAGCCAAUCAGAAGCUGCAUCAGACGUUCAGGUUCCAAAGAACGUUCACAAACCGGAACACUCACUUCCCUGUUUGCAGUGUUCAGGAGCCAAAACAUUCAAGUCGCAAGGCGUUCACGAACCAAGGUACGACUGUAUUUUAUUUAAAGGGGGGGAGGAAAUGUGGAUUUAUUAUUAUUCAAUUCAAUUUAAUUUAUUUAAAUUUUUAUUUUUGAAAUGAGAUAAUAGACCCUCUCAUAGUCACUUUACAGUAUGGAAAGCAGGAUCACAUAUAACUAUUCUGAUACCACCAUGAGCAUAACUGAAGAUUUAAAAAGAAUGUCUGGAGAAAUCCUAAGUAACAAAUGUCAGGAUUAGUAGCAGAGAUAAACAUAAUUUUACAUGGUUUUCUGAUAUUACCCUCAAACUCGGGCAAAUAGGGAUUGCAAUAGAUUCUCUUCUUCUAUCGGAUGAGUCACAAAUCUUCUCUCUCAUCAAGCAGAGACUGCUAAGACCAUGAAAUCCCAAAACUCUACCUCUCCCAGCCUUUUGUAUGUUCAUCUGCUUACUUAGGAUUGCAGCCCUACCAUGGAGUAAUGCCUAAUUACUUUUAUAAUCUAGAUAUCGCAUCGCAGAGCUUUUAUGCUAGCUCGUCUAAAUGCAUUCCCCUCAUCUGUUUUGUUCGGAAGGUUUCCAAAAAUCCCCUUCCAGAACAGAUUCUGCUCCUGUAAUAAGAAAACACCAGAUACAUCACGUAAUUUUGGACUGCCCUCUUCUCGACACCUGUGGCAGAGAUCUCCUUGUGCUUUCCUUACAUCCUAAAAUAUCAAUUUACAAAGAGUCUGUAAUCCAAUAUUUAUUGAGGGAUGAUACUCCUGAAACUACCAAGAUUGUUUCGGGGUAUUUUCCCGAGAUCUUUUAAGCUAAAUCUAAAGUUGCCUGAUUUACUCAAUGGCGGCUAUCUAGACUUUUAUAUAUUGUGUGUGUUUUGGAUUAUUAAUGCAUUUGGAUGACAUUGUAUAAUUUUAUUGCUUAAACUUAUGCCAAUAAAGGCCAAUAACAAUAGCAAUAACAGUAUCUCUGUAGACAGGUAAAGGUAAAGGUAAAGGUAAAGGGACCCCUGACCAUUAGGUCCAGUCGUGGCCGACUCUGGGGUUGCGGCGCUCAUCUUGCUUUAUUGGCUGAGGGAGCCGGUGUACAGCUUCCGGGUCAUGUGGCCAGCAUGACUAAGCCGCUUCUGGCAAACCAGAGCAGCGCACGGAAACGCCGUUUACCUUCCCGCCAGAGUGGUACCUAUUUAUCUACUUGCACUUUGACAUGCUUUCGAACUGCUAGGUUGGCAGGAGCAGGGACCACCAACGGGAGCUCACCCCGUCUUGGGGAUUCGAACUGCCGACCUUCUGAUCGGCAAGUCCUAGGCUCUGUGGUUUACCCCACAGCGCAACCCGCGUCCCUUAUCUGCAGACAGGAGCAGACCUAAAUUGGACUCGGCUGGGGACCAGAGUCAAAGAGCAGAAUUAGGUAGUCACAUCUUUUUCUGCAGCAAGCGCCCAUAUAUUUGUUUCAGCCAUAUAUGGUCUCAGAAAUGGAGGCCCUGUCUUGCUAAAUAAGUGUGUUGGACCCACAAGUGGUGUAAAAUCACUGUGUCAGAAGCACUUUCAAAGAAACAGAUUCUUUCUCACUUCAGUGGUUAAUGAAUUGGGCUUGACUUGGCCAAAGCUUAUCUUUUCUCUCUCUCUUACCCAUCCUGCGUCAGAUUCUUGUUGGAGAACUGGCUGCCUUCUUCCUCCAGCCUGAGAGACGCGAGGAGAAGACAAUCAUCUCAGGAGAGUGUUGCUAUUUCAACCCCCUUCUACGGCGCAUCAUCCGUUUUCUGGGUAAGUGAAAGAUGACUUUACCACGCUGCCUUGUUUUCUUGCCUCAAGGUCACUCCCAAGAUUCCCUCCUCACUUUCAGCUCCACCUGUUUAAGAGUUAUGUGAGCAGAAUUCCCUGAUCCGGACCUUGUGCAGAAUAUGGAUCAAUAAGCUCUCCAAGCCGAGAAAAAUAGAGUUCCAAAGUUUUACUGCAAACCAUCUUUUAACUGGUUACGAAAAAAGUUAACUGACUAAAAUACAAAUCAGCUCAUUGCUCUUAAACAACUAGCAAUGCAGUCCAGUUUUCUUUAGGUUCUUACCUAAGGACUGUUCUCUCUCUGGUCCCAGAGAGAGACACAAAUAAGCAAGUUAUCUGGCAAUAUGCCGGCAGUUUCUAAGAGAGGCCCAGUUUCCUAGUCAUCAAUUAACAUAAACACUGAAGCAAAAGGCCUAUCAGCACUUCUGUUCAGCCCAUGAUUUCAAGUGUUUUCAAAUCACAGAUCUGAGAGGUGUUUUUUUUGUUUUUUGUCCCACUCCUUUCCCAAGAAAAGGAGCUGUUUAAUACUGAAUUGGAACAGAAAACUCGAUUGACGUUUGUUCAAAUUUGACAGUAAAUGACAAGGUUUUGUGGGGAAAGCAGUGGGACAAAAAAAUAUUUCUCUUGGACCUGCAACAUGAAAUCAUGGGACAAAUGAAACUGUGGAUGGCCCCAAAGUUGUAGCAGCUUUAGCUUCACUAGCACCUUUUUUUUGCACUUGCCACAGUUCUCUGCAAAGCAGACGUUCUGCAGAUGCAAAGCUCACUAUGUUCCACACAUAAUGCACACUAGGACUGGGCGAUAUCUCGUUUUCAACAUCGCAGUAUAUGGCCAGCUAAACAUCGCGAUAUACAGAUUUAUCAUGGUGUCUGAAAUAAGGAGGGAGCUAUGUAGAGGCAUUGGUGAGCCUCACAGUUUUUCCUGCAUUGUGAAUUUUGCUCUUGUGAUUCGCUGCCCCUUGCUUGAGGCAGGGGAGCGCUGAGCCAGCAGAGUUAAUGAGAGAUGCAGGAAUCGAGAGACCCAUUGGCUGGCUUCAUGGUUUUGCCCACGUUGUGAUUUUUGUAUAGCGCACACAUACAUGAUAAUUCACGAUAUACUGCCAGGCAGGGCCGGAUUUAGGUUUGAUGAGGCCCUAAGCUAUUGAAGGUAAUGGGGCCCUUUAUAUGUCCAGCUGUCCUUUGUCAACAACAAAUUGUCACUGUUUUUGCAUGUGUUGAAUAUAUGCUAUAUGGUAAUUUAUGGACCUAAUAGGUAUUUAAAGCCAUUUGCACAUAACAAAAUAUGUAUUUUAUCAAAGUAAUUGUUGAACUGAAAUUCAAUUAAGAAGUAUAUUAAUAGUGAAAUAAUUGUUAAGCUCUAACUUAAAAUGAUUUUUUAUUCAUAACAAACUUAAUAAUGCAAACACAUUGGCAUUUGGCAAUAACAAAAGUUCCUUUAGAAACACAAUUUACAAAGACUUAUAAUCUAGUCUCUAUAAACUUGCUAUAACAUGAAAUAAUAAUAGGUGUAAAUAUAUGGUGCAAAUUACUAAUAAUUAUAAAUAGCAGAAUGUAGGCACUCUCUAUAUAGAAAUGAGCAAAUCAGUAAUAUUUUAGGGAGCAGGCUAGCAGGCGGGGCCCAUGACUUACAUCAUAGGAGCCUAGACAACACAAAACACUGUUGCUGUAUGUAGGUUUUAAUUUAUUUGUUUUUUAUCUUAUAUUUUGGAAAUGUACAUCCAGGUUUCCCCCCCCCUUAAUUUUUUUGGGGGGAAGGGGCCCAAGAGAGUGGGACCCUAAGCUACAGCUUGUUUAGCUUAUACGUAAAUCCGGCACUGCUGCCAGGCGAAAAAUUAUGAAACCGAUAUCACGAUAUGGACUUCAAACCAGUUUUGGACGAUAUAUCGUUUACAAACGCCAGCUUCCCCACCUCCAGCUGCUCAUCUCCUUCCUUUCAGCCCAUUUCUUCCCCUUUCCUUCCCCACAGGCAUUUAUUCCUUUGGCCUCUUCACUACCACUAUCUUUGCCAACGCUGGCCAGGUGGUGACCGGAAACCAGACUCCGCACUUCCUGUCGGUGUGUCGACCCAACUACACUGCCCUCGGCUGCCAGGCGCCCCCAGGCACCAUCUACGUCACGGACAAGGCCGCCUGCACGGGGAACCCCGCCCUGGUCACCGCCGCCCGCAAGGCCUUCCCCUCCAAGGAUGCUGCUCUCAGUGCCUACGCUGUAGCCUAUACUGUGGUACGAGGCUCUGGUGGGUGGAGGGGCCAGGGAAAUGGGUUUCGGAGUGAGGAGGGAGCUGAAGUGGCAGGGGUACGAAGAAAGCGCCCAUCUCUUCCCACAAGGACAUGUUGGAUGUGGUGGAGGUGACUGCUGGGCCCGACCUUUCAGAGGCCACCUACACCAAGUUUUCCCAAACUUGGGUCUCCAGCUGGUUUUGGGCUACAAUUCCCAUCAUCCCUGGCCACUGCUCCUGCCAGCUAGGGAUGAUGAGAGUUGUAGCCCCAAAACAGCUGGAGACUCAAAUUUGGGAAAUCUAGGGUUUCCAUAUUUCAAAAAGGGAAAACCAGGACACCCUGAAAGUUAGGAAGACCCCAAAAUUGUUGAGUUGUGGUUUUUUUUAGGAAAACCCAAAAGCUGUAGAGUUGCUUUUUUUUAAUAACAAAAACGCCCCCCAAAACCACAUUCUUGCUUAAAAUCCAGGACAAAGCGUCACCUUUUGGAAAUUCCCUCCCAAACGUCAUUUCUGCCUUUGAAAUCCUGAUAAUGUCUGGGGAAAUCUGGAUGUAUGGCAGCCCUGGGGAAAUCCUGACCUAUGAUCACAAGGCAUGCCAGCCAGCUCUGGGUUUUGCUUGCCCCGCCCCAAAGUGGGUUCCUUAGGAGGGCUGGGGUGCCUUCUGAUGGGCAUGAAGGAAAAACGAGGGGAGGAAUGUGGGCCUUUUGCUAUCAAGGCUCAGAAAAGAAAUGGGUUUCGUGGCUCAGCAGUGUCACAAAGUGUUGCCUGUUCUGAGCAGAGAACCUACCUUCUUUCCAGAUGGAGAAGACUGAAUGGUCUACCGCCACAGUUGGAGGCAACCCUGCUUCUGAAUACCUGUAGCUGGAAACCACGGGAGGAGAGAGGGCUUUUGGGCUCAUGUUCCCCUCGCUGGUUCCCCACAAGGCGUAUCUGGUUGGCCACUGUGAGAACAGGACGCUGGACUAGAUGGGUCCAUAGCUGUCAACCGUCCCUUAUUUGGCGGGAAAGUCCCUUAUCCCAGCACCGUGUCCCGCUGCUGUCCCUUAUUGAUGAUGUCCCUUAAAUUUCCCGGGUUUCAAAGGAAGCAGCUCCUCUCCUUCCCUCCCUGCUGGCCAGGGAGGAGGGAGGCUCCAGCUGUGUUGCUUGGUUGCCCGCCCCGCCCCCCUCCGGCCUCCUCUCACCAGCCUCAGCCCCCGGGAGCCCCUCCCCGCCAGGACUGGCGGGAGCCUCGGGCCCUUCCGCCACCAUCCUCCUCACGGCCGCUGAACUGAGCCUCUCUGCCUGGGGUAGCAUCUUUGUAGCUUGGAUUUCGUUUUGCACGAAAAGUGGUUGCUGCUUGUAGUUAUUUAAUUGCAGUAUUUCAUCAGUUUGAGCAGCAACCUCUGGAAAUUAUCUGGUCCCUUUUAACUCCUUAUUUCAGGUGGUUGAGUAAAAUCCCUUAUUUUGGCUGCUGAUCCCUUAUUUUCGAGGCUGCUGGUCCCUUAUUUUCGAGGCUGCUGGUCCCUUAUUUUCAAAUCUGUAAGUUGACAGCUAUGGAUGGGUCAUUGGCCUGAUCCAGCCAGCGAGUUUGUUUCUAUGUUUCUAAAUAAUUUCCCUUUGCCUCUUCAACAACAUCUGGGGGACGCCCAGGAUCAGCAAGAAAGACUUUAGCUGGGGUGGUGGCAGCAAUCUGCUAUGGGGUGGGAAUACAUAAAGGCGGGAAUAAAGGCUCAUCCAAACUUCCAUUUGCUCCACUACUGAAUUGGAACCAAUGGCAAUUGGUUUCCUGCAGAAUGCUGAUUGUUCCACAGAGAGGAUUUCCAGGAAAAGCGACAGAGCAGAGGCAAAAUUGCUCGGACCAGAAAACCGCCCAGACCUGUGCUUUCUAGGCAAGGGACAAGCAGAAGUGUGGAUGAGCCCUUAAUAUCUGCAUAUCGAACAAGACUUUUCAAUGUGUUUGCCUGUGUUUGUUUGUGUGUGUGUGUGUGUAAGAGAGAGAAAAGAAGGAGAGAGAAGAUACAUGGGCUCUGCCUUGGGCAGCAAAAUGUCUUGGGGCAAGCAGUGGAUGUCAGCCGCGAACGAGGGAGAAAUUCAUCAUAUCAAAGAACUGGAAGAGACCAAAAGAUGAUUAGAGCAGCCUCUAUCCUGGGCUGCAGAGCCAGCUUCCCCAUUAGGUUUCUUCCUGCAUAUAAAACACAGCGCAAUUCAGACCAUGCAGUGCUGCCGAAAGGUGCUUGCUUAUUUACUAGCUUUGUGCACUCGCUGGUUUCAUGAUUAAGAUUUACAUGAUUAAGAUUUAUUAUUAUUAAGAUUUUCAUUAUUAACAUGAUUAAUAAGCUGAACAACCAGCUCUAGAGAACAAAGCAGCCGAGUCUUGCAGGAAGAAAGACACACAUGCACAGAUGCACUGCUGGCCAAACUGACUUGGCGGAGAACCUUUCCCGACCCCAGAUAUGUGGGCUGGUCAGCCCCCCCGAGAAUGAAGAAAAGGAGCCUUCCCACAGGAGAACCGAUAUGGGGCACACUGUUUCAAUUGGGGUUAAAGCAGUGCUGUGUGUACUGAGCUUUCCAUUGUGUGUGUGUGUGUGUGAGAGAGAGAGAGAGAGAGAGAGAGAGAGAGAGAAUUAGGGAGGAGGCACAGUGGUCAGGGGCAGGGAUGCUGACUUGCCCCCACUAUUGAGGGAUCCAAUGUCUGAUGUCACAUGACACGUCAUGCAAUGUGCUGAUUUCGCACGCGCCACGUAGUGCGAAGCGCUGAUGUAACGUGGGGGCCUGGCUCCCUCCUUAAGAACUUUGUGAGGCGCACAAAGUAUCUUGGCCCCCUCUAGCUGACACACCUGGUCACAGGUCUUGGGGAAAUGUGGUGGCGGCAGCUACAGGAAUGUAGGAAAUUGCUGGUUGCUCUAAGGCCCAUUUCAGUGGGAAGUCGCGGGGGGAGGGCGGGGAAUGAUUCAGGACUCUGCAGUUGACUGCUACCUCUCUGGAAGCAAUACAGAAUAUUCGCAAUAAGAACUGUAAACCCGCCUUCUUUAUUUACAUUUUAAAAAGACCACAAUAUAAUAGCUGUGCAUCCUGCAAUGCCCACUGCUCUCUUAUGCGUUCCUAACGCCCUCCAAGGAAGACUAAGCAACUGCCCCCACUGCCAGCCUCCGACUGUGACCCUCUGUUGCUCCUCCCUCCCCCUGCAGAUGUACGUGACCCUGGUCUUCCGGCUGAAGGGCUCUCGCCUGGCCAAGCCCUCCCUGUGCCUGGCUCUCUUGUGCCCUGCUUUCCUGGUGGGUGUGGUUCGCGUUGCGGAGUAUCGGAACCACUGGUCCGAUGUGCUGGCGGGGUUCCUCACCGGUGGGGCCAUUGCUGCCUUCCUGGUAAGUGAUGGUGUGUCUGUCGUGGGCAAGACUGAAGGCAGGCAGGGGGAGGUGGGGCUUCCACAUAGGACAUGGGGAAGAGAGAGCUCGGGCCGCCCCACCUGCAGAUGAAGGAUGUUAUCUGGUGCAAGACCUUGAGAUGCAGGGAGAUGGGCUAGAUACUCAAGAGUUGUGCCAUGUGGGCCUUCAAGGGGGGAAGGGGGGACUUCGUGAGCAGUAGACUAAUGUUCUGUUCUCUUCGUUCUUUUCUCUUUGGCGAUUAAUAAUAAUAAUAAUUUUUUAUUUAUAUCCUGCCCUCCCCAGCCGAAGCCGGGCUUAGAGCAGCUAACAACAGUAAAAGUAACACAGUUUACAUAAAAUCACAAUCAGUUAAUUGAAAUACAUUCUAAAGUCAAUUCAAUUCAGAGUCAAAUUAAUGGCAACCAUUGGGCUCGAGUUCUAUGAGGAUUACAGAAGGAGAGAGGGGGUCAGAUUGUGCCUUGGCCAAAGGCCUGGUGGAACAGCUCUGUCUUGCAGGCCCUGCGGAAAGUCCCGCAGGGCUCUAGUCUCUUGUGACAGAGCGUUCCACCAGAUCGGGGCCACGGUUGAAAAAGCCCUGGCUCUGGUUGAGGCCAGCCUAAACUCCCUGUGGCCCGGGAUCUCCAAGGUGUUUUUGUUUGAAGACCGUAAGGUCCUCCGCGGGACAUACCAGGAGAGGCGGUCCCAUAGGUAUGAGGGUCCGAGGCUGUAUAGGGCUUUGAAGGUUAAAACCAGCACCUUAAACCUGACCCUGUACUCCACCGGGAGCCAGUGCAGCUGGUAUAGCACCGGGUGAAUGUGAUCCCGCAGUGAGGACCCCGUAAGGAGUCUUGUCGUGGCAUUCUGCACCCACUGGAGUUUCAAGGGCAGCCCACAUAGAGUGAGUUCUAUAAUCAAGUCUGCAGGUGACCAUCACGUGGAUCAUAGUGGGUAGGACAGGGCGAGAGAGGUAAGAAGAUUGUCUUCCAUAAACACGGUUUUAACAAUGCGUCCCUAAGUGACUGUGGAGGCCAAUUCUGGAUCCACAUGUCCUUCCACAGUGGGGACAUAGGUUUCCUGGUGGGAGUUGAUCACGGUGAGGGUUUGCCAAGCGUGCCUUCCUCUUAGCACUUUUCUCCCUUUCGUCCUGAAUUCAAGUGUCCUCAAUGCCCAUGACACCUUUGGUAAAGGCUGUUCUCCAGUUGGAGCACUCGCAGGCCAGUGUUUCCCAGUUAUCAGUGCUUAUACAGUGGUACCUCGGGUUAAGUACUUAAUUCGUUGCGGAGGUCCAUUCUUAACCUGAAGCACCACUUUAGCUAAUGGGGCCUCCUGCUGCCGCUGCGCAAUUUCUGUUCUCAUCCUGAAGCAAAGUUCUUAACCCGAGGUACUAUUUCUGGGUUAGUGGAGUCUGUAACCUGAAGCGUAUGUAACCUGAAGCAUAUGUAACCCGAGGUACCACUGUACUAUAUUUUUUCAGAUUUGCUUUGAGAGCAUCUUUAAACCUCUUUUGUUGUCCACCGGCAUUUCGCUUUCCAUUCUUAAGCUGGGAAUAGAGUAGUUGCUUUGGAAGACGAAAGAAGCCUAAUUUAAUAAGUGUCUGCACAGCAGUUACAGGAGCCUCCUCACCAGAUUAUUAGUAUUAUUAUCAGAUUAGUACUUCACCUACACCGAAGCCUCUAGGUGCCGUACAACAUACAAAGUAGGAAAUGCAAUUACAUGGAAACAUUGGCAAGCAUUGUGCAAAACUACGUGUAAAAAGCUUGCCUCUCCAAAAUAACAGCCUCCGUAAAUAAUGUUACAAACCAAAGCAGGGGUGAGAUGUUAAUUCUAAAGCCCUAAAAAUCCUACCACUGUUAAAGCUGACAAAAUUGCCAAGGACUACAGAAAAAUGAACAAACUUGUGGGGUGGGGCAUAGCUUUGCCUGGCACCGAAAAGAUGGCACAGAAGGCACCAGGUGAUCUUCCCUGGGGAAAGUGUUCUAUAGAAAUGGUGCCAUCACCAAAAAAGUCCUGUCUCUUGACGCCACUCUUGUUUGUUUGUUUGUUUGUUUGUUUGUUUGUUGUAAUUUCCAAUUUUAUACAUUUCAAUAAUUUUACAAUCAUUUUAACAUUUCAGUUUUGAUGUAUUUUUGUUUUUAGUUAUACUUUUCAAGUUUAUACAUUUCAUUAGUUUCACAAUCAAUUUAACAUUUCAAAAUAUGACUUCCUUCCCUCUCUUUCUGCAGUUUAAAAAAUACAUUCUGCAUAUCCAAAUUCAUUUAAUUUGCUCAUUUAAUUAUCUACUUUAAAUAUAUACUCUUAUGAAACUGCAGGUUAUUACAAUAAUCCUGCUAAUGUUUCUAUCUGUUUGCAAUUUAUCUGGAAAUAUAUCAUUCUAACAUUCAUAACUUGACUUCCUUCCCCCUCAUCCUGCAGUUCCUUAAAUUCAUUUUAAAUAUUUUCUGCAUAUCCAAAUUAACUGAAUUUGCUCAUUUAUUCAUCUACUUUAAAUACAUACUCUUACAAAACUGCAGGUUAUUACCAUAAUCCUGCCAGUGUUCUUAUCUGUUUACAAUUUAUUUGUAAAUAUUCAACAAACCGUUUCCAUUCUUUUAUAAAAAGUUUGUUAUCUUGAUUUCUUAUUCCUCCAGUAAGUUUCACCAUUUCUAUGUAUUCCAGAAGUUUUUGUAUCCAUUCUUCCUUUGCUGGGACUUCUGUUAUUUCCACUUUGGGGCAAGUAACAUUCUUGCUGCUGUAGUUGCAUACAUGAAUAAAUUUCUAUACAGUUUGGGUAGAUCUGUCCCUACAAUUCCCAACUUGAUGCCACUCUCUAUACUUCAAGUGGAGACAUAAUUUUCAAAUAAAAACAUCUUGAAGGUCCCAGGCCACAGAGAGGUUAGGCUGGCCUCAACUAGAGCCAGGGCUUUUUCGGCUGUGGCCCCGAUCUGGUGGAACGCUCUGUCACAAGAGACUAGGGCCCUGCGGGACUUGACAUCUUUCCGCAGGGCCUGCAAGACAGAGCUGUUCCACCAGGCCUUUGGCCAGGGCACAGCCUGACUCCCUCCUUCAGCAAUCUUCGCGGAGCUCUGGCCCAAUGGUUGCCAUUGGUUUGAUGUGAAUUAAUUUUAUAAUGAAUGAUUUUAGAGUGUUGUGUUGUGUUGUACUGUUGUACUAUUUUAUUUUUGUUAGCCGCCCUGAGCCCGGCUUCGGCUGGGGAAGGCGGGAUAUAAAUAAAAUUUAUUAUUAUUAUUAUAAGAGAGCCCCCACUGACAAUUAUAAGGUUAAGAUAGGCUUAUUUAGGAGGAGUUCAGGUACCAGGUUCCUAAGCUGCAUAAGAGUUUAAAAGUUAAUACCAACACUUUGAAUUGGGCCUGGAAACAUUCUAGCACCCACCUGUGUAAUAUCCUCAGAACACCUGAUCCUAGUAAGUCACCGUGCUGCCAAAUUCUCCACCAACUGAAGUUCUGAACCAACUUCAAUGGCAGCCUCCUGCAUUAAUCUAGAGGGAGGUUACCAGAGCAUAGGUCACUAAUGCUAGGCUAUCUCCAUCCAAGACAGGGUCACAGUUGUGCCACCAGCAGUCCACACCACAGGGAACGUCUGUGCCUUCAGUGGUAACAAUGGAUGUAGGAAUGUUCCCAGUCUCCUUCAGGAAGAGUACAACCACCUCCAGAACUGGCUGGGUACCACUUCUCUGGACCAAGAAGCCAUCGUCAAACAGCACCUCUGUCUUGUUUGGAUUUAGCCUAAUUUUGUUGCUCUCAUCCAGUCCAUUGCUAUGCCCAGCACAUCCACACCCAGAGGAGAUGAAAAGGAGAAAUGUGUUUGUGUGUCCAUCCAAAAAGUUGAUAAUGCACUCCAGGAUACCCCACUUGGCAGUUUAAUGUACUGUAGAUAUUAAAUAGCAUAGGGGAUAAGAUUGAACCCUGUGGAGCCACAACCCCUAACUAGGUCAGCCAUCCCAGAAGCGUACCAUGGUAGAUGAUGCCAGAAAUGGUUAGAGCAGUUCUCAACCUGUGGGUCCCCAGAUGUUGUUGGACUACACUCCCAUCAUCCCUGAGCUCUGGCCUUGCUAGCUAGGGGUGAUGGGAGUUGUAGUUCAACAACAUCUGGGUACCCACAGGUUGAGAAAAACUGGCUAGAAGAACCAAGAGGAUCACAUUUCUACUGUCUCCUUCCUAGCACAGGGCAACCCAAGGUAGUGACAAAAGCACACCUAACCCUCGGUUGAUAUGGAUCCAGAAAACCAGUGUCCUCCAAGAAUAUCUGCAUCUGAUCAGGUUUGGUGGUGCCUUUUAACAGGACCUUACCAGGGUUUCAUUUGAGUUCAUUUAUGAGCAUGGAAGUGUUUGUUUAAAUGCCAGCAGGUGGUGGUAUUGCUGCAGGGGACCUCAAAUUAACUGCUGUAAGGGACCUCAAGAAACACCAGGAACAACUUAACAUGACACAGCAGGGGGUUAUUGGAAUUGUAGUCCAAGAACUUCAGGAGGCCCGAUGAUACUCAUACCUUCCCUGGGUACUGUAGUGCACAUAGAACUGAGUCCUGCAGCCCCAAACAAAUUGUGUGGCUCAUUGUGUGGCUAGGGUACUCUUUCCCCAUUGUGGGAAAAUAAUGUGUGACUGCUUGGGCCCCCUUUGGUCUGACCCAGCAGGGCUUUCCCCAUAUAUGGAAAGGAGUCAAGGAGCUUGGCCAAUAGCCGUUGGCACGGAGUCAAGGAAGGCUAGCAUUAGCAGAAAGUGCCAUAUGUGGUGGACCGGUAAAAGGGUAAAAGAGUAUUGGGUAAUAAUUCAUAAUGAAAUGAAGAAAAUGUUUAUAAGUACUUUUCCAGAGUCCUUUUUGUUGAGGAUAAUUCAGCCGGAAAUUCCCAGGUGUCAAAAAAGGUUAUUUUUGUAUGCCGCCACUGUGGCCCGUGUUUUGUUAGCCCAAAAAUGGAAAACGAGCGAUGUCCCAACCAAAGAAGAAUGGCAACUUAAACUGAUGGAAUAUGCACAGCUUGUGGACCGAACAUAUAGAAUAAGAGAACAAUAAGAACGUACAUUUAAAGAAGAUUUGAAGAUGUUUAUUGCAUAUAUGGGGGGCGGGAAUUGUGUACACUCGAAAACAUGGGCAGCAUUAAGAUAAAUUCAACAAUGCAAACAAGGUUUGAUGGAUGUAAUAAUGGAAUACUGAAUGGUUUAGUUUAUGUAAAAUAUGCAGGGAUUUAUGUUAUGCAAAAUGAACCAUGGAAAGAGAAGAGGGGAAGUCAUUGAUGUUUUAAGGUUGUUUAAAUGCAUUUUCUAAAGUGUAAAACAGAAAAUUUAAUAAAAAAUAUGCACAAAAAGGAAAAAAAGUAAAGGAAAGGACUUGGGGAGCUUGGCCUAUAGCCAUGUGCAUGGAGUCAAGGAAGGCUAGCAUGAGCAGAAAGUGAAGAACUAAAGUAGAAGAACUAAAAUUGGGCAGAAAGUUUAGUUGUUGUUGUUGUUUAGUCGUUUAGUCGUGUCCGACUCUUCGUGACCCCAUGGACCAGAGCACUUCCACUGCCUCCCGCAGUUUGGUCAGACUCAUGUUUGUAGCUUCGAAAGUCUUCUCUUCUCAUGAGGUGGCCAAAGUAUUGGAGCCUCAGCUUCAGGAUCUGUCCUUCCAGUGAGCACUCAGGGCUGAUUUCCUUAAGAAUGGAUAGGUUUGAUCUUCUUGCAGUCCAUGGGACUCUCAAGAGUCUUUUCUUUCACUGUAUUGUUCGGGAUCAGGCGAAGAGGGUUUUUAUGCUCUUACCUUCUUUUGCUGGCAGGUGACUUGCGUGGUCAACAAUUUCCAGAGCAGCCCACCUACGGCCAAGAAAACAACCCCAACUGAAAGCAGCUUGCCCAGUGUCCCUGUCAUGGGCUUGCCCUGUGUGGACAGUUCCCUAGAAAAGUUGAGUGUGGCUCAGGUAAGCGGCAUCCCGCCCAGCAACCCUUGCCUACCUCCUGCUCUGCGACGUCCUGAAACAUCUCUACAACUUAUGCACAGACACACAGUUGGCUCCAGGUUUGGGGGUGGGCUGUGGGCAAAAUGUGGCCCUCCAUUGGGCUCCCUCCUCAGUCAGUGGGCCAUGACAGGCCUACAUGGCACAGUGGGAGCAGGAGUGGGGAGCAACUAGAGUUCUCUGAUCAACUGGCUUUAGCCACCACUUAAAUCCCAUACAGCAUCCCAGAGGAACACUAUGUUGGGGCAUUAUGGGAAAUUCCUCCAGUUUAGAUGCUAGACCCAGUUGCUUGGAGUGCUGGGUCUGAUAGAUAGAUAAAUAGAUAUAUCUUCUGAUAUACAUGUAAGGCUAUCAUCAUUCAGUCCUACUUGGAGAAUUUCUCAUCAGAACCCUGAGUUUGCAUGAAGUUAGGGUGGGGAAGGGCAGCAAAAGCAGGUUGUAAAAUGCCACUUUUAAACAGGAGCAUAGGUUGGACUAAAGGAAAAAGAGAAGGAGAAAGUGGUGAUUUGAAAGAAUGCAAAGGGUUUAAGUAGAGUGAGGAGGGGGUGACAGUGAGGGAUGGAAAGUGGCAAUUAAAAGCUUGAGCACUGGAAGGAGUAAGUUGGGAAAUGCUCUGUUGUGUUAGCUUCAGAUAGUCCAUAAGUAGCUUCCCACAAUCAUACAUUUCAUUCCUGGUGCCUUGUGUUGUCCUCAACAUGAAGUUCUGGGCUCGAUGCAGUAAUUUAGAAGAGAUAUUCUAUGGGGAAUUCCAUGAAUGACUACCUGAGUUCCACCAUGAAAGUGGCAUGUACCAUAAUACACCACACAAGGAGAAUUCAAAAGUCUCUGUUGCUUAGAGGCCCAUAUAAUCUUGGUGUGAUGGAAAGGACAAAACUGGGAGAAGACAUAAUGUGUCUAGUGAAAAAUGAGAGAUGAUAGCUGGAGGGAGUAAUCAGGAAGCAAGAAAGGAGGUUGUGGUAAUCCAGGAAAUGUUUGGGUGGAAGAAAUGGGUUUUAAGAGGGAAGGCAAAGACGAAAAACAGGUUGUCUCAGAUGUAGGGAGCAGCUCCAAAGUGACUGUUGAAGACUGGAGAGCAGAUGAAUUUGUGCAGAGGGAAGGGAGCAGGGGUUGAGGAAGAUGGGAGGGCAGAGCUAUAGAACAAGUUCACAUAAAGCAACCUCUUUUGUGUGAUGGGACAUGUCUGGCUGCCCAUCACAUGGUACCUAAGCUGUACUGCAGCCACUCUCUUAUCUCUCUGCUCCACUUCAGGAGUGGUCAAAGGGAGGACUGACUAGCUGUUGCCUUGAUGAACAACUGGGCAGCCGCUUUGGCAUGGUUUCUGAGAAUUGCCCUUCUUACAGGGAUAUCUGAAACCUGGUGAAUAUCAUCAUUCACGCAUGAGUACCCACCAUCACAGAUUAAUUCACGAUUGUCUGAAAGCAGAGUAUGUGUUUCCUCAGUUUUAGAAAUGUAUGAAUGAAUGCCAACAGCCAAACCAAGCUGACUAUAAACAUUCAUUGGUGUAUCCCCGAGCUUUCAGUUAUUCACAAAAUCUGUUUAGAUUGCCAACCUUUACACGUGAAUGUGACACACCCGAACUUUUCUUUUGGCCUCUUUUACGCUUACAACUGCUCUCUUUGUUAUUUUCUGCACCAGAGCUUUUACUCACUAAUAAUCUAUAUGCAUAGCACUGAGUUUUCCCUCCAUUCUAAACCACCUUUUCCCCCCCACUCCUUUUUAUCUCGAUAAGGAUUUGGGUCUCCAAUUCUCUAUCCAAGUAUGUAGCCUUGGUGAGGUUUGUGUGUCAGGGGUGUGUGUUUGUGUAACUUUUUCUCCUCCACCCACCCACCUCAUCAAAUUCUCUCUCUGUAGAUCAUGCCACGCAUUUCCUUUUAAUAUUGCCAGAAUCCAUCCCUUUCUGUUAUCAGUUGCUAAAUCGUUGCUUCGGGCUCUGAUUGUUUCUCAUCUGGGAUUCCCGUCAUGUUUUGUUUUCUGUCUGGCUCUCUCUCACCUUAAAUUUUUCAUUUCUCUUCCAAGUUCUGCUUGCUGAAUAAUCCAUACCGCAUGGCGGUGCUUUGA